UCAGUUGUUAUUUAUCAGUUGUUCAUUUGACAACAAAUGAGGAUUUUAUCAAUUCCUCUCUCAACCUCCCUCUUUGGUCACACCACACAUAGACACAUAGACACACACACACACACACGUUGGGCUGACAGCUACAUUCCACGGCACACGGUACAUACCAAAACAUGUCACUGCUAAAUAUGAGAGAGUGAUAGGGAGAGGGAGGGAGAGAGAGGGAGGAAGAGAGAGAGAAAGAGGGAGAGAUAGAUUUGCCCCUGCCCAUGACAUCUAAAUUUAACCCCCAGUCUGCAAAUGUAGCACAAGUUCUGCAAUCCGACCCCCCCACCUAAAGCUCUCUCCCUGAACUGAGUUCAGGUUCCAGUUCAGUUUGAGUAUGAGAGAGAGAGAGAGAGAGAGAGAGAGAGAGAGAGAGAGAGAGAGAGAGAGAGAGAGAGAGAGAGAGAGUCGGAAUGCGGGUUGGGGGGUUGAGGUUAGCAGAGCAAUUGGCCAUUCUCUGACACACACUUAAAAACAUUUUGGACACACACUCGCGUGGCACACCUAUUACAUUUGGAGUGAACUCGGACUUCUGGGUGUGACUUAGGGUUGCCGUGGCAAAGGAAGAGUGCCAUGGAGACAAAUGAACGGAUUCAUAGGCCCAUAAUGGGCUCAGCAGACUCCUACACCAGUCGCCCCUCAGAUUCUGACGUGUCUCUGGAGGAGGACCCUGAGGCCCUGAGGAAAGAGGCCGACAGACAGGCGCUGGCCACGCUCGAAAAAGCCAAGACAAAGCCAGUCGCAUUUGCAGUGAGGACUAAUGUUGGUUAUAACCCCGGACCCAGUGAUGAUGUUCCGGUGCAGGGCAUGGCCAUCUCAUUUGAAGCCAAAGACUUUCUGCAUAUCAAAGAGAAAUAUAAUAAUGACUGGUGGAUAGGGCGUCUGGUGAAGGAGGGGUGUGAGGUGGGAUUCAUCCCCAGUCCAGUGAAGCUGGAAAGUACUCGUCAGAUACAGGAGCAGAGAAGUAGACAGAACCGCCUCAGCUCCAGUAAGUCUGGUGGAAGCUCCAGUCUGGACGUGGCCUCAGGGAGCCGUAGACCCACCCCCCCUGGGACAGCUGAUAUGUCCUCAGCGGUUUAUGAUGAUUCGGUGGAUUUGGAAGCUGAAGAGCCUGUUGACACCCGUGACCGCAAGGGCGUGGCCGGCAGUGUCACCUCCCCUCAGGGCAGCAUACACCGUCUGCCCUUCUUUAAGAAGAUGGAACAUAUUCCUCCCUAUGACGUGGUGCCUUCAAUGAGGCCCAUCAUCCUAGUGGGCCCGUCACUCAAAGGCUAUGAGGUGACUGAUAUGAUGCAGAAAGCCCUCUUUGACUUCUUGAAACACAAGUUUGAGGGCAGAAUAUCCAUCACUCGGGUGACAGCAGACAUCUCACUUGCCAAACGUUCGGUCCUAAACAACCCCAGUAAACACACCAUCAUCGAACGCUCCAGCACCAGAUCCAGUUUGGAUGUACUGGCUGAAGUACAGAGUGAGAUAGAGAGAAUCUUCGAGUUGGCUCGGACCCUGCAGCUGGUGGCUCUGGAUGCCGACACCAUUAACCACCCAGCUCAGCUUGCCAAGACGUCCCUGGCACCUAUCAUAGUUUACAUUAAGAUCGCCUCUCCAAAGGUGUUGCAAAGACUGAUCAAGUCCAGAGGUAAAUCUCAGGCCAAACACCUCAAUGUGCAAAUGGUGGCAGCAGACAAAUUAGCACAGUGUCCCCCUGAGCUGUUCGACAUCAUCCUGGAUGAGAACCAGCUGGAGGAUGCGUGUGAGCACCUGGCCGACUACCUGGAAGCGUACUGGAAGGCCACGCACCCGGCCAGCUGCAAUCCCCCCAACCCGCUGCUCAAUCGCACUAUGGCAACGGCGGCACUGGCCGCCUCGCCUGAGCCCGUCUCCAACCUGCAGGGCCCAUUUCUGGUGCACAGUGAGCAGAAGAGGGAAGGGCCUGGCACAGAGCGUGCCAGCCUCCAGGACUACCAGACUGACCUGGGCAGCAAACAGCCACUGCGCUCCUCUCGCGGCCAGCUGCAUGCAGGGGGGCGGGGCUUAUCACGCCAAGACACAUUCGAUUCAGAAACGCAGGGCAGCCGCGACUCUGCCUAUACCGAUGACAUGGAGACUGAUCCAUACGAGGAACCUGACUCCUGUCGCAGUCGCCUAAAUCCCGGCCACCAUGCCCCUCGACAGGCAUCCUGGGAGGAUGAGGGGGCAGAGCCUGACCAAGAGAACCUCAACAUAGUGCUACCUUCGACCAAUCAGCAUCAGCGGGGGCGGGGCAAACUGAGAGAGCGCUACUGUCAAGAUGUGGAAGCAGGCGAAAGCACGGUGGGGCGCAACCAAAAUCCAGAGGAGUGGAGCAGAGACGUGUACAUCCGUUAGACAGACCUGGAAAGAACAGGAAAAUGAGGGGAGGAAGAGAGGGACAAAGGGGUUUGAAGUGUCUAAAGUUGUAUUUGUUUACAACCCAGAGAAACAGUACAGGUAAAUGCUGUAUAGCUUUCACUCAUCAUGCAUUCAAUUAACCUUAUUUAAAAAAAAAAAAGGGGGGGGGGGGUCAAAGAUGGGCUUGAUUCAGUUUUGAACUUCGUUCUGUUUUACUUUGUGUAGUACUGCAUGAAGCCUUACCAGUAUAAGCAUAGUUACUGUUCCCAAUAAGAAUUAAAUAAGAGUCAGAAUAUAUAGCCACAAAUUUUGUGUGUGUGUGUGUGUGUGUGUGUGUGUGUGUGUGUGUGUGUGUGUGUGUUAUGUCCUCUGUAGUAUUAAUCAGUCUGUCUGGUACUGGAGAGUAAGACUUUAGCCCCUAUUUGGACUUCCCUGGCCUUGAUUGCUUCCAUUUUUAUAUUUUUAGUCUAGAUUCAGUACAAAUUCAAUGUGUAAUCAAGAGUUAUUUCAAUCUAAAUUCAAGGUUCUCACCAUAUGGCGUACCAUGCAAAAACAGCAGAUUGAACUAGCGCACUACAGUAUCAUUUCCUGCUUACCACCUCUACAUAUGCACCCGUCAAAUGUUAUUUUUUAACUAUCACAGAAAGUGCUUCACUUCCUAUAUGAGUUCUCCUUCUAAAAGGGGAACACUGAUGCCAUCUCAGUGGAUCCAGGUAAUGUGUUACCUGAACAUCGAGGCUAGGAUCAAACCUCUCUGCAAAGAGCUACCACGAUUUUUCAUGUAUAUACUUUCUAUAUUUCUUUGCAUAUUAUUUAUUAGAUGCUAAAAAGUGUAUUAAGUCAUGCGCCUAUAGCUCCAUUACUGCUAGUUGUUUCUCCAGCCUGUACAGUGUGCUGUUCUGAAAACUCACUUUUUGUGGUAUGAACAGCUUCAAUUAGGUGGCUAACACACAUUAACAAAACCCACCAAUGUUAACUUCUAUAUGCUAUCAGGUGUUAUUAUGCAAAAAGAUUUUACUAUAAAACUGUUUCACUAAAUGUGAUAUAAUUUCUUGGCCUUCAACUGAGUAUGACUUAAUCAAUCUUUGACAUUUAAGAAUUAUAAAGACUGGUCUAUAGCACUUUGAGACCUCCAUGAAAGGCUCACACAGUUGACUGACAAUUGCUUUGUUGAGUAGAGAUUUGUGUUAUUUAUAUGUGACUUUGUCCUUUCUCCUGUGUUCAUCUACACCUCCUCAUGCACAACUGCAAUCGGAAUAAUACUGACCAUCUCAUUAACACGCCAGUCAACCAGCUUAACUAAUCACAAGUGCCAAACUAUUUCAUAAACCCACACCCACCAUCCAUGGUGGGUUGUCUUAACUCCAUUCCACAUGUUUUUGUUGUGUGGGUAUGUUUUUAAAGUCAGCCCUCUGAUGGUUUUAUACAUACACAGACAAAAUCUCAUACCUGUGAACCUUCUACUGCCUUUUGUGUCGCUAUCUCUGUGGCCAUUUUAUAAAUGAAUUUUGUGUGUGUGUGUGUGUGUGUGUGUGUGUGUGUGUGUGUGUGUGUGUGUGUGUGUGUGUGUGUGUGCAUUUAAGGAGCCUUUGAUGUGCAGAGAGUGAAUGUCUCUGAUGGGCCUAUUUUUACUUGCAUUUCAAAAGGAUAUAAUUGCUGAUGAUGAAAUUCAGUAAAUACACAAGUAAAGAGCUUAAAACUAAUGUUAUUGUUGCGUUAUUGCAAUUAUUAAUAUAUUAAAAAACAAAAACUUAUAAUCUUUGGUGCCUGAUUGUAGCCCCAUUUUGCUUUUUUGCCGUGUUUUUAAUCUGUGGGUAAAUUCGUAUUUUAAUUAAAAACUUUAAUCAAAACUGAUUUAUUUCUCUGUUUGAAAUAUCUUGCAUAUUGAUCAGAGAAACCCAAUAGAGUCAUCAUUCAGUAGAAAUGUAAAAUGAGUUAAAAGGAGGCCUACAUUAGAAGGGCAAACUGAAUCCAGUAAAUGGGUGACUUGGUGGGGUGAACAACAAAAUGUGAAGUCAUGUGGAGAGCAAGAAAACAAAGGAGAAACCAGAAAACAGGACACGGAUUAAAAAAAAAAAACAGAACAGAGCAGAGACAAACAGGUGUUAAAUGGUAAAAUGUCAGAAUGUGUGAAAUCCUCAGAAUGUGUGAAAUCUCACAUUUACUCACUUUACUGACUCACACUCCCAAGAUCACAAAGUAUGAUGGGGGAGGACUAAUGGGUGAUGGUCUGUCUCUCCAGGACCUGUUUUUUUAAGUCUUUUAUUUUCAGGGGGAGUGUUAAAAAAACUCUAGUGCUUCAUGAUAACAUUGCUCCUACAGGCUAAGAUCAUUCAUUGACCUAGCUGUAAGCUUUGAUUUAAGACAAUGUGUGUGAUCAAUAAAUGUAAAUGAAACACAGCAAAGUGCUUCAUUUACAGCUGGAGAAGCAUUAAAAUGUCUCAUAAAAAUGUAACAAGAACACAGCAUAUUUUACUUUGAAUUUCUGUAUCCUGAGUGUGUUUUUGUCAUUUUUAAAGAAAUGUCUUGUAUUUUCUGUCUUGUAUUUGUAUCUUAAAAAAAUCUCUCUCUCUCUCUCUCUCUCUCUC